GUUUCAGUAACGCGGGUGUGACGUCACUGAGAAGCGCCGAACUCUAGUUUCCAAAGUUUUUAUGAGGAGCUAUGGAUAGCUGAUGGACAAAAGUGAGUUUCUGUCAUAUUAGCCCCCUAGAUAACAGAUGGAUGACAUCAAUGUCCUGCACCACAGAUGCCUCCUGAAUCUGAGGCGUCGAAUCAGAGAUAUUGGGGAUGGGCGCCCAGCACAGGAACGGUACAUGAGGUUACAGAAGGAUGGAGACACACUCAGUUACCAAGGGAACUCUGAAGAGGUGGGUUGCUAUGUGGCUGGCCAUCCUUUAUCAAAGGGAAAUUGCUACUUUGAGGUGACAAUAGUGGACACAGGGGUGAGGGGGACCAUUGCUGUGGGCCUGGUGCCUAAAUUCUACAGGCUGGACCACCAGCCUGGCUGGCUGCCAUACUCUGUAGCUUACCACGCUGACAACGGCAAGUUAUAUAAUGGCAACCCUGUGGGUCAGCAGUUCGGGCCAAAGUGUGCUCGUGGUGACCGCAUUGGCUGUGGAAUACACUCAGAAAAUAUUGAUGCAGGCUUUACUACAGUCUUUUUCACCAAAAAUGGCAAAGAGGUCGGUUCAGUGGAGGUUCCUGUGUCGGCAGAGGGGCUGUUCCCUGCGGUAGGGAUGCACUCCAUGGGGGAGGAGGUGAAGGUUGACCUGCAAGCGGAGUGGUUCCUGGAGGAAGACGAUAGUAUGAUGAUGGUGGACAGCCACGAGGAUGACUGGGGGCGGCUUUACGACGUCAGGGUUAGCGGCACGCUCUUGGAGUAUGUUGGCAAAGGAAAGAGCAUCAUGGACGUGGGUUUGGCCCAGGCCCGCCAGCCACUCACCACCCGCUGCCACUACUAUGAGGUGGAGAUCGUUGAUGCUGGGGAGAAGUGCUACAUCGCCCUGGGCCUGGCAAGAAGGGACUACCCCAAGAACAGGCACCCGGGAUGGAGCCGAGGGUCGGUGGCGUACCAUGCUGAUGACGGCAAGAUCUUCCACGGCAGCGGGGUCGGAGACGCUUUCGGUCCUCGCUGCUUCAAAGGUGACAUCAUGGGCUGCGGCAUCAUGUUUCCACGAGACUACAUCCUGGAUGGAGAAGGUGACGUGGACGACUGGGAACGGCUGGAGGUCCAUCCAGGUCACGCAGGCGUCCAGAAUGUCCUGUACCUCAACGACGAAGAGGAGGAAGAGGAAGAUGGGGAGGAGGUAGAGCAGGGACAGGAGGGCAGGAAGGUCACGGUGUUCUUCACGAGGAACGGGAAGCUGAUGGGUCGAAGGGAGAUGGGGGUUCCUCCUGGCGGACUCUACCCAACUGUGGGGAUGCUGAGCAGCGGAGAGAAGGUCAAGGUUGAUUUGCAUCCCCUCAGUGGAUGAGCGGAGCGCGUGGACCGGACUUGUGACGCCCUGCAAACAGCUGGCUGCGCUGUAGAGCUCACCCACCGUAGCCUAGCAUGCUGCUAACACUUGUCAGAACACACUCAGUUGCACACAUGCACGUCGCUGUCGUCGCCCUCGACGCUGCCUCUGCUUUUAUUUAUAAGACCUGUACAUUUUCACAGUCAUCACAGCAACACAACCGGAUCGUCCUCCUGGGCGUGAUGUAGCAGAGAGGUCGUACAUGAGCCGCGUAGGUUACAGCAUGCGGACCAGACAGCUGUACCUCGAAGCUAAAAACUCCCAGAAGAUAUUUAACUGUUAAUUCUAUGCAAUCUGUACUGCUAUCAUCCUCACAUCUAACCGCCCUCUGCAUGCAGUGUGUGUCUCAAACACUGAGCUGUUAAAUCCCUCUCAUGAGGUCUGGCACACUUUGUUUAUUUUAUUUGUCACGACCCCAAGCAAAGCAGAGCGAGGCCAACAGUUGUGCCGAGUCAGAGCUCGUUGGCGGUUUAUGUUUCAGGGAAUAGACCCCCUCUCUCUCUCUCUUUCUCUCUGUCGCUCUCUCUCUCUCUCUCUCUCUCUCUCUCUUUCUCAACUUCCCUCUCCCUGUCCUCUCUCUGGGUGAGGCUGCCCUCCUGUGAGCGAUCAGGGACCUGCUGUUGCCCCACCUCCCUCACUCGCUGCUCUCCCGGAGCUGGCUGGAAGUGAAGCAUAGAUCUGUUGCAAUAUCUCAGAAAUGCUCAUUUUGUAUGAGAUUAUUGUAAAGGAUUAUUACAGGUUUGGCAAUCACAACCUCACGUAAGAUGCUGUAACCGAGCAGCGUCGGAUCAGAGUGGCUGAAAAGAUUUGUGAGUGUUUUCAUAGUUUCACGUAUGAGCCAAACCACAGGUAUAUUUUCUAUAAGUGCUCUGGUAAAUACACAUUUAAAUUUAUCUCCUACGUCAAAAGUUCAGGGAACAUGUUUCUGUUUUUGCACUUUGGGAAGGCUGAGGAGACUUUUAGGGCAGACAUGAAUACAGUGGAUGAACAAAAGAAAUCAAAAACAUUGCAGUGUAAUGCAGUCGGAUGCAACUGCACAAUCAUCAGCCAUAAAAGUAACCAUCUGAAAUGAAAAGUUACCUUUGCAAACCUCACACAGGAGUAUGAUUCGCAGGGCUGUGGUAUUGGACUGCAUCAUACUGCGAUGUGUUAUACUGUGUUUUAAUGUUUUGUUCUCCUUGUAUAAGCUUUACACACUGUGCAUGUUCGCUCUCAAUAUGAAGAAUUAUUUCCCAUCUUUCCUUUUUCCCCACUUUUUUUUUUUACCACAAAGUUAGAAUAAUGUGAUACUUUUUCAGUUUAGUUUAAAAGAACGAUCAGAAAUCAACUUCUUGCUUUCGUAGUCAGAGGAUAACCUUCUCUCCGUGAUGCCAAAUGUGAUGUAGAAUUAACUGCUGGAUGUUUUAUUGUUUUGUUUUUUAAGAUAACGAUAAUAAUGUUUGGUUGCUGCUUGUUUGCGUUUGUGUGUCUGCACAGAAUUCGACAGCAGCACCAGAGGUCUGUAUCACAAAGACAGAUUAGUGUCGUCAUCUAAAUUUGGGCGUGACUUAAAUCAGAAAGCUGGCUCACUUUUAACUUGGUUUGAUUGCUAUCGUUACCAGUGUUGUAGUUGUUUUAUUUUAGUCAAGAUUUAGUCAGUGGAAAUUUUAAUAAUUUGAUAAAUGUAGUCAGUGUUUAAAUCAUAAUUUUCUAAGACAAUCUGAUGAUACUGUCAUGGAGUUUGCUUUUAAAACUUCCAAUGAGAAGUAAGCAGACUUUGAACUAUGUUUUGUUACCUAGGCUGAGAAAUUAUGGCUGCACCGAAUAGUUCAAAGCUUCAUUCAUGACAUUCAAAUUCUAAAUCAACGAUCGAAAGCUGCCUAGCUGUGUACCUUAUAUACUGUAAAUAUAGUCUGUGUUUACCAUUCUUUAUUUCAGCCCUGUUUUUGAUUGUCAGUACUUUCCCUCUCUGCUGUACCUUCUUUAAUUUAAACUCCUUUGAAACGGUUUCUCUUAUUCAUAAUUGUUUCAUCAUUAUCAGACAAAAAGGCACUAAAAUGUCACUUUAGGAAAUAAAUAUACUCGCUUCAGGCUAAACAAAAAAUAUUGUUGAAAAUGGCUACCGUAUUUUGAAAUCCUAAAUGAGAAUUUGUGGUGUAAAACAAUUAAUUAACAGUUUUAGUCAUUCUUCCAAGCAAAAAUAUUGUGAAAAAGUAUUCGCAUCUUAACAGCACAGUAAUAAACUGAAUUUCUUUGGGUUUAGGACUUGUGGUUGAACAAAGCUUGAAGAUUUCACCCUGGCCUCCGUGGAAGUUAUGAUGGUUCUUAACUCUUUUUUAUGUUGAUAAUCUAAAGGGAUUAAUUAUUUUUGUUGUUGAAAAAAAGGCAGAUUAAUUGAUAAUAACAAAAUAAUUGUGAGUUGCAUCCUUUGAAAAUUGCCAUAUGUAUUUAUAACAUUAACGUCACUUUAUUGCUCAUGUUUCCACAGCUUUUCGAGUUGUGUGAUUACACGUGUGUAUUUCAUUAUUAUAUUUUGCUGCUGCAGCGACCUCAUCUACCUGCGGAUUAUUAUUGUUUCAGCUCUCAUCAUAUUAAGAAUUUCCUCUAACGGUUUUUAUGAUUUUGCUUAAAGAGUACUCCACUGAUUUAGCUUUGCAUUCCUAGAAAUAUUGUCAGGCUCUUGAUUGACGUUUUUGUGGAUAACAUGCAGCAAAGAGCCCAGACCUGAAUCCCGGCUGCUGCAGUCGGGACUUAGCCUUAAUGCUACAUGCUCUACCCAGUGAGCUACUAAAGCACCCCAACAUUUUUCUCUUUGCCAAAACCUGCCGCCUACAUUACCCACAGUGCAACUGCAGAGAGUUACUGUGGAGAUGCAGGUGUGUUAUGCUAGCAGCUUGUGUAGCCUGGAGCUGCCAGUGUCAGGCAGAGAUGAGGAGCGGGCUACACAGGUCUGGUAAGCUCACUUCUUUCUAACUCCACCCCUCUGGAUUUUUUCAAUUUAAUCUUGUACCUUUGACCAAACCAGCUGUUAGCAAAGGAGUCUUGACAACUGUCUUCAUAUGUUAAUACUCUUAAAUACCUGUACUUUGAUGUGUAAAUAUGGUUAAACAAACUCACUCCAGGCUGGAUUAGUAAACACCAGUUAUCCAGGAUCACCCGUGUGAGGCUCAGUUAAACCAGAUAACCAGAACAGACUAAGUUAAACUUGCUUUGUGAUACAGACCUCAGAGUUAAACCAAUCUGUGCAGGUGAUUAGAAAUACUGUUGAGUUUGAGUGGGAGCUGGUUUCCACAUAAAUUAUUUAGAACGAAGGGAAUGACAUCAUUAUUAAUUAGCUGAAAUCAUCCAGUUCCUCUUCAUCUCCCCACAUCUGUGUUUGUCCGUGACAUCAUCCCUACAACAUAAACUAUAAUGUACAUUCCUCUGCGCCUUCCCGUAAGGUGCUCUCAGCAGGUCUCUGUAGUUUCAUCAUUCACACUGCAGACAGUGAUGCUAGAAACAUAACGUGAUGUAAAAUUACUACACAGGGUUAACUAUUAAAUCACAUAUCUGCUGGAGAUUGUAUUGUUUGUGUUUAGCUGUUGUCAUGCAUUUUGUUUUAGAGCCACUGAUGAUGUAAAAAUAUGUAAAUGAGUCGUGUGUUUUUCUUCUUCUCCUGCAGGGCUGGACAGAGACUUAAGAUCAGGUUUUUACAGCCUGAACUGUUAUUAUGCUAGACGGUGCAAAGAUAUUAACGAGACACUGAUGUGGACUUUUCGGGCCACGUCUUAAGUUCAGGGUAUUAAAGUCACUUAAGUUAAAGUUUACUCAGAAUCUCAGUUUACAAAAUGUGUCACGGUUCAACCAAAUUAGAGCUAAAUCUGGUUUUAAAGUUUUGUAGCGUCUCUGAUUUUACUCACCAAGGACUCCUGUAAUAAUCCCUCGCCUUGUUGACUUGCACUAUAAUGGCCUUGUUCCGUACAUGUAUGAUCAUCAAUAAAGGUUUCAGUAAUGUA